AGCAUGAACAACAGUACAGUAGCACCUCCAAGUGAACUUCACUUAGCUCACUCUCAUCUGAAGCAUAAAUGUGACACAUUUUAACUGACGCAUCAGCGUCACUGUAAAAUUUCCGAGCUGUAAUCUGUAAAGCCCCCUGCACAAUGCAAACAAACAACACCGUCCCCUGGUUCCUCACUGUGUGUCUCACUGCAAGAUCAACAUGCCGUGUGAACCUCACAGACUCCACUGCUUAAAUACAGCAGCCGGUCUCCCACACGCUAACCACAGCUCCACCUCUGAUCAAGGUCUCUUCCAGUUCCAGCUGCACAUCACCUCGCCGGCCAUGGAGGCGGCAGUAGAGUGCGCCAGGUGCGAGUGCUGCGGGCUGGUAGAGGACUGCACCCGGGACUACAUCCUGGGCGUGCGCGCCGCCUUCGGCGGGCGGUGGCUCUGCGGGCUCUGCUCCGAGGCGGUGCGCGACGAGGCGGCCAGGGGCACGACGACGACGAAGCAGAGGGGCCCUGGCGCUGCCGCCGCAGCAGCCGCGGCGCGGCUGGAGGAGGCGCUGAGGGACCACAUGGCCUUCUGCGGCAAGUGCAGGCGGAGCCCCGCGUUCCGGGUCGCCGACGGCAUGCGGCAGAUGCUGCGGAAGUGCUCCAAGUGACGGCGUCGCGUCGCGUCGCAGUCGCAGUGCAUGCAUGACGCCGACGCGUCGUCGAUCCGAUCAGCGUCGUCUAUGAAAUCUUGAAGAAGAUGAACAAGAUGAACACCGCGCCAUUUAUAUUAUCUGUGCAGUAAGCUAGCAUUAUGUGGAACGAAAUGGCACGUCAGGUUUGGCGUGUUAGUGAUCUCUGAUAAAUUCAGGGGCUCGUAGGCAUUGUACUGUACGCUAAGCUAGGACGCUGCUACCUCUUAGCUACUAGUCACCAGUGCCAUUAGCAAGCAGUUGGAGUCUUAUAGGCUUGGAAGGUUCCUGCAUUAAUUCUUCAAGUCUUGAGACUAUAAGGCUGUUUCAUCAAUAAGGAAUGAUUUUGCACGGCA